AUGGUGCAAGUGACUCCCUUCCUCCUGAUGCUCAGCCUGGCCCUGGUGGCUCCCAGUCUCUCUGCAGGAAAGUGCGUGCUGACCGGGAGCUGGGUCAACGACCUGGGCUCUAACAUGACCAUCGGGGCUGUGAACGGAAAAGGCAACUUCGUCGGCACCUACCACACGGCUGUGACUGCCACCACGAAUGACAUCCAGGAGUCGCCGCUGCACGGGUCCCAGAACGUUACGAACCAGAAGAGCCAGCCCACCUUCGGCUUCACCGUCAACUGGAGCUUUUCAGACUCUAUCACUGUCUUCACGGGACAGUGCUUCAUGGACGAAAAUGGAAAGGAGGUUUUGAAGACCAUGUGGCUCCUGAGGUCAUAUGUAGACAACAUCAAGAACGACUGGAAAGCCACCAGGUGA